CAGGGCAAUAGGGAGCCACGGUGGGAGCAGGGCAGGGAGUGCUCCACACGCUGGCUCUGUGGACGGUGGACGGGAGGGGAGACCAAGUCGGCCGGGGCAGAGGUAGGGCGGCACAGAGAGGCGUGUAGGAUGGGAUCCUAGGAUCUGGAUGACUCUUAGUCCUGCAUCCGAAAACCGGUCCACAGCCCCGGCUCCCGGCUCCCGGGAUGGGGCCUGGUCUCUGCCGGCCUCCCUGAGCGCGCGGCGGUGCUGAGGGCGCAGGCCCGCCUCCCGCCAGGUGCGGCGUCCGCCAGCUCCCUCGGGAAGGCCUCGGCCAGGAUCCGGGGCGUGCGGCCCGGGCCUCCAGAGCCGGAGGGACAGCGGCGUGGGCCCAGCAGGAACAAACCACCAGGGCCCCGGGGACGCGCGCGGCGGGGAGAAGCCACUUCCGUUCCGUUCCGUCCCCGGCGCUGGCGGGAACGUGGGCUCAGGUCUCAGGUGGGGCUGCAGCGCCCCCUGGAGGCCCCGCUCCGGCUCGCGGGCCCCCGUGCGCGCAUCGGCGCGUGCGCGAGCCAGAGGCCGGGGCCCGGAGUAGGGACAGCGCCCCUCGCUCGAAGCAAGUCGCGGGGGCGGCCGACCCCUCCGCAUCCUGACUCUUUCUGCUCUGAUCCCCUCAGAUUCCGACCUCGCCGGCCGGGAGCGGCGGCGCCCUCGGGGCGGCUGGACCGGCCCCGCGCCAUGCCCGAAGGCUGAGCGCCGCCGCCGCCGCCGCCGCAGGGCCUCGUCCCGCCUCGCGUGGGGGCGCACGCGCCCAGGUCGGUGCCCCGGCGGCGGACCAUGGUGCUGCCGCCCCCGGACCGGCGCCACGUGUGCCUGACCACGCUGGUGAUCAUGGGCAGCAUGGCGGUCAUGGACGCGUACCUGGUGGAGCAGAACCAGGGCCCGCGCAAGAUCGGCGUGUGCAUCAUUGUGCUGGUGGGCGACGUGUGCUUCCUGCUGGUGCUGCGCUACGUGGCCGUGUGGGUUGGCGCCGAGGUGCGCACGGCCAAGCGCGGCUACGCCAUGAUCCUCUGGUUCCUCUACAUCUUCGUGCUGGAGAUCAAGCUCUACUUCAUCUUCCAGAACUACAAGGCGGCGCGGCGAGGCGCGGCCGACCCGGUGGCGCGAAAGGCGCUGACGCUGCUGCUGUCGGUGUGUGUGCCCGGCCUCUUCCUGCUGCUCGUGGCGCUGGACCGCAUGGAGUACGUGCGCACCUUCCGUAAGCGCGAGGACCUGCGCGGCCGGCUCUUCUGGGUGGCCUUGGACCUGCUGGACCUGCUGGACAUGCAGGCCAACCUGUGGGAGCCGCCGCGCACCGGGCUGCCCCUGUGGGCCGAGGGCCUCACCUUCUUCUACUGCUACAUGCUGCUGCUGGUGCUGCCGUGCGUCGCGCUCAGCGAGGUCAGCAUGCAGGGCGAGCACAUCGCGCCGCAGAAGAUGAUGCUCUACCCGGUGCUCAGCCUCGCCACCGUCAACGUGGUGGCCGUGCUGGCCCGCGCCGCCAACAUGGCGCUCUUCCGCGACAGCCGCGUCUCGGCCAUCUUCGUGGGCAAGAACGUGGUGGCCCUGGCCACCAAGGCCUGCACCUUCCUCGAGUACCGCCGCCAGGUGCGCGACUUCCCGCCGCCCGCCCUGGCCCUGGAGCUGCAGCCGCCGCCGCCGCCGCCGCAGCGCAACUCGGUGCCGCCGCCCCCGCCGCUGCACGGCCCGCCGGGCCGCCCUCACGGGCCGUCGCCCACGCGCGAUGCUCUGGACACGUGACAGGGCCCACGCGGCUCCUGGGGCCUCCCCGGGGGCGCUGAGCCGCGCGGCGGCAGGCGCGUGGUUUGCAUGGGAUGGGGUCGGUGUGGGCUCCCCCCCCCCGGGGCCAGGUGCAGAGAGUGCCGGUACCCCAGGGGCCCCGCAGCUGCUGCUUCAUCUCAGGAAUCCCUUGGACCACAGACCUCGGCCCGCGCCGGCCAGCCCGAGGGCAAGGGUCCCGCCCUGCCAGCUGGGGGCCUGGGUGGGAAGGGAGGACAGCAUGGGCGGAGGUCUGGUCCCUUGGGGUCCGGCGAUGAGGGCCUCAGGCUCAGAGUUAGGGGCCAAGGAGGCCUCUGUCAUUUUAAGACUCGUGUUUACAGUUUUGUAUGCAA